AUGAGCGUGCUCCGUCCGCUGCGGGGCGGGUGCCAGUGCGGCCGCAACCGCUACAUCAUUGCCGUGCCGCAGGAUGGCAUCGGCGAGGCCCAGGUGCUCUUCAACACGGAGCCCGUCCACCCGACGCCGCUCGCGGCCUACAUCCGCGUGCCGCUCUCGUGGUACCACAGCACGACGUUCGCCUUCUUCCCGGACGAGACGCACAGCAUGAUUCGGCGAGCCUACACGCACCCGAGCCAGCAGCACUCGAAGCGACACUUUUGCGGCUUCUGCGGCACCCCGCUGUCGUACUGGUCUGAGAACCCGCGCAGUGAGGCCGACUACAUCCAGCUGACGCUGGGGAGCCUGCUGCGGGAGGAUCUGGCCGACCUCGAAGACAUGGGCCUGAUUCCCGACGACACGGAUGACGAGGCCGAGAGCAACGAGCUACAACGACGAGAGACGCCGACCAAGAGCACGGCCUUGCGCGAGUCGCUCGGCGUACCGUGGUUCGACGGCAUGGUCGAUGGCACGCGGCUAGGCAACCUGCGACGCAGCCAGGGUGUGCACCGCUCCGAGGACGGCAGCGUGCGCGUCGAGUGGGAGAUUGUCGAGUUCAGCGACGCCCCCGGCGGCGAGGACGUGGACAUGAGCACGGGCUCGCGCUCGCCGAGCAAGCGGAAGCUGAGCGAUCGUGAGGCGUAG